AUGCGCAUCUCCGUUGUUUCUGCCCUGACCCUCCUUGCGGCGACUAGCCUCACUGUCGCAGCUCCUACCACCUCUGGAGACCUCGUGAACAGGUCCGAGCGCCAAACUGGCGUCGUCAAAGGUCCGGAAAGGAGAAAUAUCAUCGGGGUUGAUCGAGAUCUAGUUCAACGGUCAGAACGGCAAACGGGCGUCAUCAAGCCACGAAACGAGCCACCGGCCGACCGCGAAACCGGUACAGUGAAGUGGAAGCGACAGAAUUCGGAUCGCCAAACCGGGACUGUAAAGUGGAAGAGGCAGGACGACGAUGAAUCAGAUCGCCAGACUGGGACUGUGAAGUGGUAA